CUUCGAGAUGAUGAGAUCUCAACAGUGCAAGCGCUGAAUCACACGUAUAGACGGAUGAUUCGACUGUUUAUUGCAGUGUCGAUGUCCCAUGCAGUUUUUGUUGGUGGUGGCUUGUGUUUAACAGUGAGCUGUGCGUUUAUGACCCAGGAGUAUA